UGGUCGCUGAGAUGCAGGGACUGGGAAGAGGGAAUCAUCCUCGCGCCUGGUCGCCAAGCUCUUCUUCUUCUUCCCAAGCCCCUCCUUGAGCUCUCCCGGUCUCUGCUGCUGGCUUCCGUCGCGGCUCCCGCUCUCGUUCUUGCUUCUCGGCGGCGUGAUGGAGGGGCAGCAUAUAAUGGCUCAGGUGCACAUCCAGACGCCGGUCUCCUCCUCCUCCUCCUCGUCCUCUGUGGCAGGGGAAGAAUCCAGGAAGCUGCCCAAUCCGGUCCGAGUGGCAGCCCGGGAAAGGAUGGUGGGAGGCCGUUUGUUGGACAGUCAUAGCCUGGAUGGGAUCAGCCAGGUGUAUGGAGCCUCCAAGGCCCAGGAAGGCAGGAGGGCCACCAUAUCCAGCGCCCUGGAGCUGGAGGGGACUGUGAGCCACGAUGGGGACCUGACCCACUUUGUGGCCAACAAUCUGCAGAUGAAGAUCAAGAUGAGUUCCCGGGGCAGCCUGGAUGACACGGAGCCCACCUCCUCCUCCACGAUGUCUUCGCAGCUGUCUGUACGGGGCAAAGCCGCAGACAUCCCUCCGAUCGACCCAGAGGUGAUCCGGGAUCUGGAGAGGCUGACCAGGGAUGUGGCUCAGAGAGUGGACCAGAUGCUGAGAGUCUUGAACGGCUCCAUCCAGAACAUGACGGCCUUGAGCGUGGGCUACAUCCAGACUUACCGGGAUGCUGUGGACAGCUUGGGUGAAUCCGUGGACAUGAGCAUCAAAGGGAUGUACACCCUGAUGGCCAGGUGUGAGGAGCUGGACCGGUCCAUGCAGCCGGUCCAUACUCUUGCGAAACAGAUCCGGGAGAUCAAGCGGACACUAGAGAUCUUUGAGGCGCUUUGCAAGUAAUGCCCCUUUCAGGAGGAGGAGUGAACUUGCUCAGCAGUGGGGGGCAAAGGCCAGAGGGCAGGGGGACAGAGAGAACACUCGGUCUGCUGUGAUUCAGACUCCAAAAGGGAAAUUAUGUGUGUUUCUUGCACUG